UCGACGAAUCAACACCUUGGAAACACGCGUGCGUGGCACGUCUUUAUCAGUCGGUAUGGCGCUGUUUGAGUGCGGUGUUUCAACAUCGUCGCGUUCGUCAUUCCGGUGCCUAUCACUUCUGUUUCUCGUUGAUUGUUUUUCACCUCCGUUUCUCCCUCGUUCCCCCCCUAUCCCUUUCGUAUGUACGCCGACAUCCUCUAUCGUCGAUCUCUAACAAUGUACAGAAAGCUUACACGUUCACACACGCAAAUUCGUCGAAGGCGUAAUCACUGUCGCUGUUCGGUCUUUCGAACGAUCGAGACCGCUUGCGCUCGCGUGUUGAACAACACGAGUCGAAGUCACGGGUACUUGGCAAAAUCUCCAAUCCAUCGAGCCAAGAGAACGACGAGCGAGCUGCCAAACUGCUGCCUACGGACGCCGUACUACUCGGUCGAUGAAGGAUCGUCCAUGUUGAGGAAUUACCACCGCUGCUCGACGUUCGAACGUUUCGCCAAAGUUUGCUGACGACAAAACUAUCGAAUCCCCGAGCAAUCUUUUCUUUUCUUUUCUUUUCUUUUUUUUUUUUCUUUUUUCUUUUUUUUUUCGAAGUGACGCGUGCGAAGUUGAUCGGAGACGCGCGUUCGAACCUUGAACUUCGUCGAGACCAUGGAGGGUCGCGAAGGUCUGUUCUCGCGAAACGAACCGAGCAGAAGUUCGAUUCGGCCGCAGAGUGGACGAAAGAGCCUCGAGACGGCGGAGAACAAGCAACGUCAGAUGAUCGGUGGAUACCGAGGCGGAAACAGAGAAUCGGCGAGCAUUACCUCGCCCACUGCCAAGUACGUGGCGACAGCUCACACGCCGAUGGACAAUCUGAAGCAGUGGGAACUGGUGGAGUGCGAUCGUCGCCUCCAGGUAAUUGAGAAGAGGAGCGCCUCGUCCAAGGGCGAACGCACGCCGAGCUUCAACCGCAAGAACGCAACCCCGAUCGCCGACAGAAAGAUCCUCGCGAUCGACGCGAGCCUCGAGGAGAAACUGAAGGCGUUCAAAGAGUCGAACAUCAUCCAGCCAGUCGUGGCGCCUCGCCGCGACGACGAGGCCAACCGAGUCCCGAUUAAUCUCGAUCUGAUCCUGAAGCAGCGAAAAGGCUCGGCCGUCGAGAGCACGGACAUGCUUCAGCGAUUGGAGCAGCAGGUCAAGGCCAUCGAAAUGGACACUCUCGCAGCCAGAACGCGCCAGUUGGAGUUCAGCUCGGAUUUCGAGCCAGAAAUUCGAUACACGGACCUUCGGUACAGGGAACACGAGGAUCUACUUCGAAACGUGACGGAUGACGAAGCCGAGGGGGCCUCGCCGUUGCAUCGAGGAGACGCGACGAGGAAUUCGACGGGGAACGCGGGCGUUACGACGAAGAAAGCUUCGACCAAGUUGUCGAGGACAGCCUCGGACACGAGGCGGGGACAGGAAGCGGAAGUGCCCCUUCGAGCGCAGACGAGGGUGCAGCAAGCGCGCGCAUUGGUCGCUGCGCGGGUCAACAACGCGAAGAAAGAUCACCGGCAUCAACAGCAACGACAAACCACUACGGUUAGCAGCGCGAUCAAACCAUUGUCAGACGUCACGCAGAAGAGUGGCGUAAAUGAGAAGGAGACAGGGGAUGGCGUGGGAGUGUCGAGUAGCGGUGGUCGACUCUCGUCACGAAGUCGGACUUCGGAAGAGCCCCACAUUGGCAAGUACAAAUUACUCAAAACAAUUGGCAAGGGUAAUUUCGCCAAGGUAAAACUUGCCAAGCACGUGCCUACCGGGAAGGAAGUGGCUAUCAAAAUUAUCGACAAAACUCAACUGAAUCCCGGUAGCCUUCAAAAGUUGUUCCGGGAAGUAAGAAUAAUGAAGAUGCUCGAUCAUCCAAACAUAGUGAAGCUAUUCCAAGUGAUCGAGACCGACAAAACAUUGUACCUGGUAAUGGAGUACGCUAGUGGUGGCGAGGUUUUCGACUACUUGGUACUACACGGUAGAAUGAAGGAAAAAGAGGCCAGAGCAAAGUUCCGGCAGAUUGUCUCUGCCGUGCAAUACUGCCAUCAAAAAAAGAUCAUUCACAGGGAUUUGAAGGCUGAGAAUUUGCUACUCGACAGCGAGAUGAACAUCAAAAUCGCCGAUUUCGGUUUCAGCAAUGAAUUCACUCCGGGCAAUAAAUUGGAUACCUUCUGCGGUUCACCCCCUUAUGCAGCGCCUGAACUUUUUCAGGGUAAAAAGUACGACGGACCCGAAGUAGACGUCUGGUCGUUGGGAGUAAUAUUGUACACUUUAGUGUCUGGAUCACUGCCCUUCGACGGUUCGACGUUGAGAGAACUGAGGGAACGAGUACUACGAGGGAAAUACCGAAUACCGUUUUACAUGUCUACGGAUUGUGAAAACCUGCUGAAAAAGUUUUUGGUGCUCAACCCGACGAAACGGGCCUCCUUAGAGACUAUUAUGAAAGACAAAUGGAUGAACAUGGGAUAUGACGACGACGAACUGAAACCGUACUUAGAACCUGAACCUGAUUAUAAAGACCACAAGAGGAUAGGUGAGUCUGCCAAGGCCCUGGCUAGUAUGGGAUACACGAGAAGCGAAAUAGAAGAUUCCUUAGGACAAGCAAAGUACGAUGACGUAUUCGCCACGUACUUGCUCUUAGGAAGAAAAACAACCGAUGUGAGUAGGAGAAGGAUCGAUUUAGGAACUUGUCGUAUAAAUCCUGAAUCCGAUGGUUCGCGGUCAGGCAGUUCACUGUCGCUGCGCAACAUUCCACCGCAAGCUGGUUCUGGUGGCGGCGGAGGAGGCGGUGGAGGUGGAGGAAGCGGUGGAGGCACAGGUGGAGCUGUGCAGAGUCCAUCGCAUAGGGGUGUUCAUAGAAGUAUUUCCGCUAGCAAUCCAAAACCAAGCAGACGAGUUUCGUCCGGUCUCGAAACGCUUCGAGCAGCACCGAGUCCAGGAAAUGCAACGAACCAUAAUCACGCGACUGCUACGACUGGUGGAACAGUGACUGGAAGCAGUGGUAGUAAUUUUAAGAGACAAAAUACCGUGGAUGCGGCCACGAUCAAGGAGAACACUGCUCGUGUUUCAGCGAGUCGACCUUCGGCUCCUAAAAACAGCCCUGGCCAAUUAGAUACCAUGACAAUGUUCAUUCUAGGCGUGGGUACAAGUCCUGGUGGUAGGGCAUGGGCAGGCAAGAGCAACACGAUGAAUACAGGGGUAGGUGGUGGUCGGCCUCUUACCUCACCUGCCCCUGGUUCUGUUGGUCGACGAAGUACCAUCUCCUAUGAUCAAGCGAAAACGUCCUCCUCAUCUACCGAAAGAACCAACGACGCACCCAGCCUUGGCGAGGGCACUAGACCAACGCGGGGUCACACCAAGUCUGCGAGCAUCAGCGCAGGUCACCGUUCCUCGAGUGGCGUACCCCCCAGCGACCAUUCACUACUGGACCCUCAACCACGCAACGCCCACAACUCCUUACUCGCCACUGCUGACCCUCUUAGACAGAGUUUGGGUGUAUCACCAAGCAAUAGACUGGCAACACCUACAACACCAGCAUUUCCGAGAAAUGUUCCAAGUCGUAGUACGUUCCACUCUGGCCAGAAUAGAGCUCAGCGAAAUCAUACUCAGGGUCAUACGCAUACACAGGACACAAAUGCAAUUAGCCCAUUAGCGAGACCGUCCUUCUUCUCCAAGUUAUCCUCGAGGUUCUCCAAACGGACAUGAGCCCGAUGUAAAGCUUGACGCAUCGCUCGAGCUUCGUCGAGAACGAUGGCCAUAGAGACGCGCGAUACUUAACCGGCCGAGAUGCGCCCGGGUGAAACUUUGCGCAAACGCAGCGAACUCCAGCACACGCAAGCGACCAUAACGCGUCGCAUUCUAUUGACCUGGAUAUACACACUGGUGUACAGCAUCCGUGUUUACCGGCUCGAGAGCAUCCAGCGCGAACGAAAUGAAAAGAACGAGGCAGUACGAAGUGGAAUGAAAAAGAAAAGAAAAGAGAAACGAAAAAGAGGAAAGGGGGAAGAGUAACGAAAAGAAGAGAAAAUGAAGUGACAUGCCCCCGCGUCUCUCGCUCCGUUAUUCUGUGGUGUAUCGUCAAGCUUUUCAGACGUCGACAGAUACUCGUCGUUAGUUUUU